AUGCAUUUAUCAAAAGGUAUCAAUAAGUUAUCAUUAGAUUCUAUCGCACCAGAUUUCAACAGUAUCAAGCUAAUAAACCCAUAUUUGAAGGAUAAGCGUCAAGAAUUUGGUGCUAUAGGCAAGGACGAUGAUGACGACUACUUUUCACAACCGUUGAACAUUAAGAAUAUUGAUUACGAUUUUUUGGAAAAACAAUUUCAAAUCUAUAAAUAUUAUCCACAAUAUAUUCACAAUCAAGAAAUUUCCACACCUGUGUUAAGAGACUUGAUUGUGGAUAAGCCAAUAUAUCACGAUGCUAACAAACAUGUCAAAUUGAAGAAGAAGAAGAAGAAGAAGGAAACUUUGAAGGAGGCAAGACAACUGCGUAAGCAGAAAAGGGAAGAGAAGAGAGAAUUGAGACAUGAACAAAAAGAAGAGGCUAAGGAAAUGAGAAUGAGGAGUAAACAAGAGAAGAAAGAGCAUAAGCACCAGCACCAGGCCAAACAGAAUUAUUGUGGUCACUACAUGAAGAGGAUUAACAGUUUCAAUACAGCCAAUAGUGGACAAAUGGGUCAAGGACAAGUCAACCAAGGACAAGUCAACCAAGGACAAAUCAACCAAGGACAAGUCAAUCCAUACCAGAUGAAGACGCUGUUUAGCAUCAAUAUGACGUCAAUGUCGAGAACAAAUUCUGAAGUUUCACAAUUGUCUAAUAAAUUUUCACACAACACCACAAUUGAAGAUAUCGAGUGCUCGGAAGAAGAAGAAGAAGAUGAUGAUGAGCCCGAUAGAGCAGAAUUGAACUACGAUAGCGAAAAAACUGAGGUUGAUGAAGAAGGGUUUGAUAUGAUUACAUUCAACAAUCCAUUUGCUAAUGGUGGUGACCCCAACAAACUUGCAGCGUCGUCUUCAGUAAUGAUGAAGCAAUCAUCAUCAUCAUUUAGCAACCGUCAACCUUUACAGUACCCACAACCAAUAUCAAGAAACAAUUCUGUCAACAUUAAUUUGAACUCGACCAAUUUUACAAACCCCUUAUUACAACAACACAAUCAAACACUCCCACAAAGAAGAUCUUCCUCGACCACAUUAAUCAACAAUAGCCAAAACUCAUCGCAGAAUAGGUAUAAUUACAAUUAUCCCACUAAUGUUCAAAACAAGAAAUCUACAUCAAUUACAUUCAAAUUUAAAAAUUAUUUCGGUAAACUGGCACCACAACAAAACGAUGAGAAUGAGAUUCAGCAAGUAAGAGGAGACAGCAGUGAAGAAGAAGAAGAAGAAGAGGGGCAUGACUUUAAAAGUGGUAGUGGUAGUGGCAGUGGAGGCAAUACAGUAGAUGAGAACUUUACCAAGCGGAAAACACCACAAGCACAGUAUAAACUAAACCAUUCAAAUGCCAAACCACCACAUAUAUAUACUACUGCUACUACUGCUACUGCUACUACGGCCACCACCACCACCACCGGUACAAUUGAAGAAAACAACCGCAGAAAACCAAUACCACAAAUACAACCAAUCGGUGUACCUAGGAUAGCUGAAUUCAGUUCCAUUCCUAUUAAGAAAUCCAACACAUUUGAUCAAACCAAGAGUGCCAAAACAACGUUUAAAAAUAAACUCAAGAUGAGAUUGACCAAUGACGCGUCAAUUAAAAAAAGACACAGUGAUCAGUUUGAAGUUGUAACAGAAAAUGUUACCAAUGGUCAUACUGGCGAAGUGCAAACAAUACAAUACACACAAUCACAAAUGGUUGGACACGGCUCUUUUGGUGUUGUUUUUCAAACACAAAUAAUGCCAGCAAAUGAAAUAUGUGCAAUGAAACGAGUGUUACAAGAUAAGAGAUUUAAAAAUCGAGAAUUGCAAAUUAUGAAGCUAGUUCACCAUCGAAAUAUUGCCGAUUUGAAAUAUUACUUUUACACAAACAAUGAUAAAAACGAAUUGUAUUUAAACCUUAUCUUGGAAUUUGUACCUGAAACUUUAUACAAGGCUAGUCAUUAUUAUGUAUCAAAAAGAUUGAGCAUGCCGCCGUUGGAAAUUAAAUUGUACACUUACCAAAUGUUUAGAGCACUAAACUAUAUUCAUUCACAAGGUAUAUGUCAUAGGGAUAUCAAACCACAAAACCUUUUAAUCAACCCAUCAACAGGAGAGUUGAAAUUGUGUGAUUUUGGAUCAGCCAAGAUUUUGAACCCUCAAGAACCAAACGUUUCAUAUAUUUGUUCUAGAUAUUAUCGUGCACCAGAAUUGAUCUUUGGCGCCACUAACUACACAACUAAAAUUGACGUAUGGAGCGCAGGAUGUGUUAUGGCCGAAUUGAUCUUGGGACAACCAUUGUUCCCCGGAGAAUCUGGUAUUGAUCAAUUGGUUGAAAUUAUUAAAAUAUUGGGCACACCAAGUAAAGAUCAAAUCAAAAAUAUGAAUCCAAACUAUAUGGAACACCGGUUUCCUCAAAUUAAACCAAUUCCAUUAAAUAAGAUUUUCAAGAAGAUGUCUCAUGACUGUAUACAAUUUUUGAUUAAAGUAUUGCAAUAUAGUCCAAUUGAUAGAAUUUCAUGUAUUGAAGCACUUUGUGAUGGAUAUUUUGAUGAGUUAAGAAAUCAACAAACUCAAUUACCAAACUACCGUAAACUAUUUUCACAAAACCUACAUUCUGGUGGUAACUCUCAUCAACACCACAAUGCGGCACAAUACCAAAUAUAUAAUUCCCAACCGGAUAUGAAACCAUUACCUGAAUUGUUUGACUUUGAUGAUCGAGAAUUGAGUGUAGCUCCACAAUUGAAUUCAAAGCUAAUACCUUCAUGGGCAUGGAGUCAUUUACAGUUGAGUAAACAAAUAAAUGGAUUGAAUGAGUUUGUUCCAAUGACUAGUGAAGAAUUAAAGGUUAGUUUAGAUUGA